UCUGUAGCCCUAUUCCAUACUUCCUCCUCUUAUUGCCCCGUCCACAUACACCCCACACAUACGAUUAUUCACAUCAUGCAUUCGUGGAAGAGAGGGUUGCGCCACCCUCCCCUUAAAUUCCACACAAUAAGACUCAAGAGCGACGCUAAACGAGAGAUUCCGGUGAUCAACCGUCCAAAGAGUCCGUUCAGAUACAACUCCACCAAGCCGCUCUACGAGCCAAACUUCCGGCCGGCAUUAUACCGUGACGUCACAGAGAAACUCAUACCCAAAAAACCAAAGUUACCCUCGCCAUGGGAAGUGACAUACUCCGUUAAGCCCGACCGGAAGACGCCAAAGUCAUACGUCCAAGAUGAGCUGCCGACUCCCGGACCUCCGGUGUUUUCCGCACCGCAGCCGCCUUCGAACACAGAUCGUGAGCGGAUGUUGCAAUUCAUCUUGCAAAGUCCACUUCGGGUGCUCAACACCCCAGUUCCCUCUGCUGUCCCGGCAGCCGAGGAGCCAGCCAUAUGGAACGAGGAGGAAAAGAUUGUGUUGCCAACGGACGGGAUUUCCACUGAGAGGGUGUAUAUGACACCAGAAGUGAUUGAGUUCAUCCCGUGGCUCGAUGGCCAGUGGCUCAAGCACCUCUUGUCGCAGCACGGAGGCCCGAAAACUCGCAUCAAGCUCAGCCCGAGAUGCUGGUUUAUCACGGAAGCGGACCAGCAUGUGCUUAAAAACGUGCUCUGGGCCAUAUCGGAGAGACAAGCAUAUAUCAAGACGCAUUCCUUGUAUAUUAAUCUCAAAUCACAAGAGGAGCUAGACCGACUCACAGGCGAUAAGAUCCAACUUCACACGUUAUACCCGUUGAGCCGGAUCCUCGAGGGUGUACCUCAGAGCCACUACGCCUUUACCGUGAGAGAGACGUCGCGGAAAAAGUCCUAUCUGGGUUACAAACUCACGCUUCAAGUUUGUUCCUAUGACGGCUCUGACACGCGCAAGUUUGAGAAACAGAUCCGGCUGAUGCUUGCAAAACAUGAGUUAGAGCUGGUAUUGAGGCAUGGAAAAAAGAAGAUUUACAUCUAGGAGUUAACAUAGCAUAGAAAUGGUUUAGGAUUCGAAUAAGUCAAUAGAAAGGUUCUCGGACAUGGUAGGAUCUAGAAGGGAGGCAAGAAAGGAGGUAUUGAUUUGUGGAGUAUCCUGAAUACCAAAAACGUGUACAAAGUACAACCAAUUAAAAAAAGCAUAGACGUGGCCACCAAAAUUUUUAGACCGAGU